AUGAACUCACCCGAAUCAGUGAAAUUCUAUUCUGGAACAGGCUCAUUCUUUGAAGAUACUGAUAAAUCCAGAGAUCCGGCUUCAACACCCUUGAGACGUCUUCCUAACCCGGAUGUAAAUCUGAUUCUACAUGAGAUCAGCGAAGGUAGACAAAUUCACCAAACCACUAAACAUCAGUUAACCACGGCAACAAACAAUAGAUCGGCACAGUAUUCGAACUUUAACAACCUAAAUGACCUUAUUCCCGUAUCAGCAGCCUCUUUGCAAGUUGCGAGGGCGAGAAUGCCAUUGAGCUCAAAGGAGAAAGAUCAGCUUUUCAUGAACCUGACAACAGAGGAAAUAUCCAAACCACUGGUUUUUUACAAGCCAUUAUAUCAAAGGAGAAACCUUCUUCCAGAUGGGUUUCUCCCGCCUAGACCUCAUCUGGCCAAAAAACACACAAUUUCCCGACCAUUUUCGCAGUCACAAGAGAGGAAUGGUGAGGAGAAUGAUGAAGAGCUCUCGGAAUCAACACCUACGGGGACAUGGAUCAGUCCAGUCAUGAGAGAAGCAUUGGGCAGGCAAGUCAACAAGGAAAUAAUAUUUAAAACUCUUUGCUUGAACGUCUUUAGGUUGGUAGCAUUACACUUGCUUCUACUCUUUGUGGAGUACCUCUACAAAUUAUACCAGCUCAACCAUCAGUACUCACAAGUUCUUCGAAGACAUGCCGCCUGGGCUCGCUACAUUGAGAACGAGGAAGGCAUCAUUCCCACGAUAUGGCCACACGUACGUCAUGUGCAGUGGAUUUUUAUCUUGGGCAUAAUAAUCAGCCUAAUUCGUCUUGCAAGACCGCAAGACCAAUGUUACGACUUGCCUCUCACCGAUAAGCAGAGACAAUUGAUUGGUCUCAGUCCGUUGGCGACGUGUCAGCUUGAUGAAGACGGCAGCGAUAGUUAUGCUCUAAAGAAGCGCCAAUUUGAACUGAAGACCCAUUGCCGGUUGGCCCCCCCUCGGUACCUGAAAAUCAAUGGCUCGCUCUACUCAAUGGAUGAAUUAAACCCUAAGGCUACCACUGAGGAGCCGGAAAUUGCUCUCUCUGACUAUUUACCUUCCAGAUCUGCGGCAAAACCAUUGCAAAGAGCUGGGCAUCUUUCAAAAGAUGAACAGGAGCGUAUUUCAAAGAAGUAUCAUGAGAAAUUUAGAUGA